AUGAAAGCUUCAGAUAAGUCUACAUGCAGUGAUGGUGAACAGAGCGUUCUAACUUUGCCUCCAGAGAUAUCUUACAAACAAAUAUGUUCUCAUAUUAACCAUCAGCUACGGGCCUCCCCACCACCAGCACCGGGCUCUCCGCCACCGCCCGCCUCACCGCCUCCCCGCCGUCGCCCCUCGCCGGCGCGCCCUCCUGGCCGCCCGCGCCGGGCCAGCCCCUGGCCUAUAGCCUCCCCUCGGGAGGCACCGACACCCCCACUCCCACACGAUCCUCCCCCACUUCUCUCCCCUCCCCUCCCGAUCCCGAUCUGGAUCGGGGCUAGACCGCCCCCGUCGCCACCCCAUGACGUUCCGUUGACGCUCGCCGUCAUCGGCGCCCUCCCACACCGGUCCCGCCUUGCAGCACCCCUUCAUAGCCUCCAACCCGACCCCGUCGUCCUCACCGGUGACUCCCCGCCUCGCCCCGAGCCCACUGCCCCCAACACGUCGCCGGUGAGGCCAUGGCCUACAUCCUCCGUCCUCUCCCUCUCCCCUCGCCUCGCGCUCGCACCGUCGCAUCAGUACGUCCCUGGAUCUGCUCGUCGUUCUCGCUCGCCAUGCCCGCAAGCCUCUGGCCACGAACAGCUGCACCCGGCUUUGCCACGCGCGCGCCUGUUGUGGGAGCCCACGUCCGCCAUCUUACCCGCAUCCCGCAAGGAAGUUCGGAUCCACAUGGCGGCGCGGGUCGGGGACGCCGCAGCGCUGCGUCGCGCGCUGGACGAGGCGGCGCUGGUCGUGGCGGCGGGGGAGGUAGGAGAGGGGCUGGAGGCGGUCCGCUGCGCCGUGGCCGCGGAAGCCAACGAGGCCGGGGAGACGCCGCUCCUGGCUGCCGUGGAGAAGGGCCGCCUCGAGGUGGUGGUGGAGCUGCUCCGGCACCUCGACGCCCAGGGCGUCGCUGCGGAGGCCAACGAGGCCGGGAAGACGCCGCUCCUGGCCGCCGCGGAGAAGGGCUACCUCGAGGUGGUGGUGGAGCUGCUCCGGCACCUCGACGCCCAGAGCGUCGCCGCGGAGGCCAACAAGGCCGGCGAGCACGCGGCGGCGCUGCAGAGGUACCGGCAGAACGCCGAGUUCUUCGUGUGCUCGUGCGUCGGUAAGGGCGCCGUCAACGUCCCGAGGACCCCCGGCGGCAUCAUGUACCACCAGCGGUGGAACAACCUCCAGUUCGUCACCAGCGCCUCCUUCCUGCUCACGGCGUACGCCGACUACGCGACGGUGGCCGGCGGGGGCGCCGUGCGCUGCCCCGGCGGCGCCGCGCGGCCCUACGAGAUCCUCGCGUUCGUCAGGUCCCAGGUGAACUACAUCCUGGGGGACAACCCGAGGGCGACGAGCUACAUGGUCGGGUACGGGCUCAACUACCCGCGGCAGGUGCACCACCGGGGCGCCUCCAUCGUGUCGGUGAGGACGGACCCGUCGUUCGUGAGCUGCCAGGAGGGCUACGCGAGCUGGUACAGCAAGCAGGCCGUCAACCCCAACACGCUGGACGGCGCCGUCGUCGGGGGCCCCGACGAGUACGACGACUUCGCCGACGAGAGGAACAACUACGAGCAGACCGAGGCGGCCACCUACAACAGCGCGCCGCUGCUCGGCGUUCUCGCCCGCCUCGCCGGCCCCUGCGGCGGGCUGGACGAGUACCGGCCGUCGCUCCCGGCGGAGGCGGCCGCGAACCGCACGGCGAGGUUGGCGGCGGCUCGUCGGCGGCAUCCUCACCUUGAGGUGGAGCAGAACGUGACGGGGACAUGGGCGGUCAGGCGCAGGACGUACCACAGGUACUCAGUGACGGUGACCAACAGGUCCCGGAAGACGGUGCGGGGGCUCCACCUCGGUGUCUCGGAGCUCGCCGGCAGGCUGUGGGGGCUCGACAAGGCGCGGUACGGGUACGUUCCCCGGAGGUGGCUGCGGGCGCUGCGCCCCGGGAGGAGCGUCAGGUUUGGGUACGUGCAGCCCGGCCCUCCGGCCAAUGUGUGGGUCACCGGAUACAAGCUGGUGUGAGUGAGUGAGUGAGUGAAAUCUUUCCAUGCAUGUUUGAGGUCCUAGCUAGGAUAAUCCAGGGUUUUUGUUUUGGUGAGUGAUGGGUUCAUUGGGAUGGGAGGAAGGAGUUAAGAGAUUAAGAAUGGCGUUGUGCUCAUCCUCUUCCUCCCGAGAGUGUUCGGUUAGGCCAGAGAGGGAUUUGGAUUUCAGGGAGAUGGAGAUGUAAUGUCGAUCCUUCUUACCUUUUCAAGUUUUGUUU